AUGUCCUUCGCCCGCGUUGCCCUCGUCACCGGCGCCUCCCGCAGCAUAGGUCGCGCCAUCGCUCUUAGGCUCGCUGACGACGGCCUCAACAUCGCCCUGAACGACCUUCCGUCUGCGAUGGAGCGGCUGGAGGGCGUGCGGGGUGACAUCGAAGAGAGAGGAAGGAAGGCGUUCACUGUUCUCGCCGAUGUAUCGUCCGAGCCUGAUGUCAAGCGCAUGGUUGAUGAUACGGCGAUGGUCGCCAAUGCCGGAGUCCUGAUCUACAAGAAAUGCGUGGAUACCACCGUCGAGGACUAUCACCGUUUGCACAGCGUCAACAGUCUCGGGCUCUUCCUGUGCUAUCAACAUGCCGCGCUGAAGAUGCAGGAGCUUGGGAACAAGAGCGGCCGUAUCAUCGGUGCUUCGUCGGGUGCUGGUCGAGUAGGCCAUCCAAUGACCGGCGUGUAUAGCCAGACGAAGUUCGGCGUUCGUGGAUUGACGCACGCCUUUGCAGCAGAGCUGGCUUCGACAGGGAUCACUGUGAAUUGCUAUUGUCCGGGUUGGGUAGACACCGACGUGGUACGCGCUGUCGCAGAAAAGUCUGGUGACGUAGACGCACUAUAUGGAACUGCAAAAGCGAGGACACCCGUCGGGCGCCUUGGUCAACCAGAAGACAUCGCGAACGUGGUUUCCUUCCUUGCUUCUCGCGAGGCCGACUUUAUCACCGGCUCGGGGAUCGACGUGAACGGCGGGAUUGUGAUGAACUGACUGAGCAUGGAUGAAAGGCAGAUGGCGGAAUAUACUACCAGUUGGGUACAAUAGCAGAGGAUGACACAGUCAGAUCCCCCAG